AUGGCGGGCCCCGCCCCGCCCGCCGACGAGCUGCCCGGCCCGGCCGCGCGGCGCCUGCACUCCAGGAUGGAGGCCUCGUGCCUGGAGCUGGCGCUGGAGGGGGAGCGUCUCUGCAAGGCGGGGGACUUCAAGGCCGGCGUGGCCUUCUUUGAGGCGGCCGUGCAGGUGGGCACGGAGGACCUGAAGACCCUGAGCGCCAUCUACAGCCAGCUGGGCAACGCCUACUUCUACCUGAAGGAGUACGCCCGGGCGCUGGAGUACCACAGGCACGACCUGCUGCUGGCCCGGACCAUUGGAGACCGCAUGGGGGAGGCCAAGGCCAGCGGGAACCUGGGCAACACCCUCAAGGUGCUAGGGCGCUUCGAUGAGGCCGUCAUCUGCUGCCAGCGCCACCUGGACAUCGCCCAGGAGCAGGGGGACAAGGUGGGGGAGGCGCGGGCGCUGUACAACAUGGGCAACGUGUGCCACGCCAAGGGCAAGCAGCUGUCCUGGAGCACCGCGCAGGACCCUGGGCACCUGCCCCCUGGUGUGCGGGACGCGCUGCGCCGCGCCUCCGAGUUCUAUGAGCGCAACCUGUCCCUGGUGAAGGAGCUGGGCGACCGCGCGGCCCAGGGCAGGGCCUACGGCAACCUGGGCAAUACCCACUACCUGCUGGGCAGCUUCGCGGAGGCCACGGCCUUCCACAAGGAGCGCCUGGCCAUCGCCAAGGAGUUUGGAGACAAGGCGGCCGAGAGGAGGGCCUACAGCAACCUGGGCAACGCCCACAUCUUCCUGGGGCGCUUCGACGUGGCCGCCGAGUACUACAAAAAGACUCUGCAGCUGUCGCGGCAGCUCAAGGACCAGGCGGUGGAGGCGCAGGCCUGCUACAGCCUGGGCAACACCUACACGCUGCUGCAGGACUACGAGCGCGCCGCCGAGUACCACCUGCGCCACCUGCUCAUCGCCCAGGAGCUGGCCGACAGAGUGGGCGAGGGCCGGGCAUGCUGGAGUCUGGGGAAUGCUUACGUGUCCAUGGGGAGCCCAGCGCAGGCCCUGACCUUCGCCAAGAAGCACCUGGAGAUCUCCCAGGAGAUUGGGGACCGCAGCGGGGAGCUCACGGCCCGCGUGAACGUGGCGCAGCUGCAGCUGGCGCUGGGCCGGCUGACCAGCCCGGCAGCCGCGGAGAAGCCGGACCUGGCCGGCUAUGAGGCCCAAGGGGCCAGGCCCAAGAGGACACAGAGGCUGAGCGCGGAGACCUGGCACCUGCUGAGGCUGCCCCCGGAGCGGGAGCAGAAUGGAGACAGCCACCACGCGGGGGACUGGCGGGGGCCGGGCAGGGACGCGCUGCCCCUCUCUGGGAGGAGCAGGAAGUACCAGGAGGGGCUGGACGCCGCGGACAGGAGCCCCCGAGAGGGCAGCCGCUCCCCGCUGAGCAGCGCCGACGUCCGGCUGCAGGUGCCCCGCACGAGCACCCCGCGCGCCCCGUCGCUGGAGGAGGACGGCUUCCUCGACCUGCUGAGCAAGUUCCAGAGCAGCCGCAUGGACGACCAGCGCUGCCCGCUGGAGGACGGCCCGCCCGGGGCCGCCGAGGCCACCGCGGGCCCCGCCCCGGAGGAGCGGCUCGCCCGGCCCGCGCCGCCCGCCUCGCCGCAGACGGAGCAGCUCUUCGACCUCAUCGCCAGCUCGCAGAGCCGCCGGCUGGACGACCAGCGCGCCAGCGUGGGCAGCCUGCCCGGCCUGCGCAUCACGCACAACAACCUGGGGCACCUGCGCGGGGCGCGGCCCCAGGACCCCGGCGACGAGUUCUUCAACAUGCUCGUCAAGUGCCAGUCCUCCAGGAUCGACGACCAGCGCUGCCUGCCGCCCGACGUGCUGCCCCGCGGCCCCACCAUGCCCGACGAGGACUUCUUCAGCCUCAUCCAGAGGGUGCAGGCCAAGCGGAUGGACGAGCAGCGGGUGGACCUUGCCGGCAGCCCGGAGCAGGAGGCGGGCGGCCCGCCUGAGCCGCGGCAGCAGUGCCCGCCCGGCGCCAGCUAAGGUCGGGAGCCCAAGCCAGGCCCCCCCCGCGCUCCUGGACGCAGGCCCCCAAGAAGCUGUGCCCUCCCGAGACCAUGGCCACAGGCAGCUCAGAGCCCCCGGCCCUCCCCGCUGAGCUGGGUGCGGGGCGCAGCCCCCACGGCAUCUCCCUUCCCAGGCAGCAGUCUCAGGCCAGGCUGCCGUUGGGGAGGGAGGCGCACCCCAGUGUCCUGGGCCGCCCUCACACGGUACCUGACUUCCGCAGGCCGGCCCAGCCCUGCCCCUGCCCCAGGCCGGCCGGGCCUCCAGCAUGUGGGCCGGAACCCCGGUGCUGUGUAGACCCUCCAUGCCUUUCCCUGCCCGGCCAAAUGUGAACCCCCUGCCACAUCCCCAGAGCCCCCGGGAUCUCUUCAGCCUCUUCUGGGGGCAGCCGGGGACACGGGCAUUUCUGUCCUCCACGGCGGUUCCCAGGGACGGCCCAGCAUGGACGUGACCCCCACCCCUGCUUCCCCCCAGUCCCAGCCAGGCGGGGCAGGGCCUGGAAGCAGCGGCCCAGAGGCAGCAGCCUGCCGGGUACCCAGCUGGGUCGUUGGGCCAGGGGUGGCCAUGCCUGGCUCCACAACCCCAACCUGGGGGGCACGGCCUGCCCAGGCCCUGGGAGCCCAGCCAGGCCCAGCUCUGCACCUGCGCCGUGGCAGAGGUGAGAGGGCACGAGGGCGGGCGUGCCCAGGGCCAGAGGGCGGCAGCAGCACAGCUGGGUGGGGCUCAGCCCCACUCACCCCGCCCCACGGGGGCGCUGACACCACUGCCUUCCCGCGGGCCGGCCGCGCCCAGGUCCUGGGGGCCCAGGCCACCUGCUCUCGGCCUGACCCUGCCAGGCCCACAGCCAGCCCGGGAGGCCCCCUGGUGGGGGUGGCUGGAGGCUGGGUGCAGGGUGAUGGCCCCCGAAGGGGUGUGGGGUGGUCCUGCAGGGGCCGGGCACGCCCAUACUUGAAUGUACACGCGUAUUUAUUGCCCACACGUGUUUGCCAUGUCUGCGGGGCCCGGAGGGCCGUUUCCUUUUCUGUUUUCCCAAUGAAAUAAAGUCUGCAAAGUGGAAGCUGCGGAGCAGA